GCGCUGCACGAGUCCUCGGGAGGGGAAAGUCUAAGGGUCGGAAACACUGGACACUUGGGGACUGUCAGUGACGAUCUGACUAGGAGUAGUCGGUCAACUCGACAUGGCAUCAACAGAGUACACGUACACUCGAGGUGAAUUCAAGGUCACCGAACAAAUGAAGUCGGACUUUGAACGUGAUGGCUUCAUAAUAAUUCGCCAUCUUUUGGACGAAGAAGAAUUGGAAAAUCUCAAGGUCACGAUCGAGAACCCCGAUGGCGGCCUGAGAGAGAGGGCGUUCCAUCAGGACGACGGAGGGGGUCUGAAGGUGACCAUGAUCCACUGGAAACAUCCGGGUACUGACGUAUCCGGCAUCAUUGCACGCAGCAAGAAAGUGGCUGGGACGUUUGAGAAACUUCUUGGUGGAGAGGUGUACCACUACAGCGGGAAAAUAAACAUGAAGGAAGCCCACUCUGGAGGACAACACCUGUGGCAUCAGGACUACGGGUACUGGUACAACAAUGGUCUAUUGUUUCCUGACAUGGCGACUAUUUACAUAGCCGUGGACAAGGCUGACAAAACCAACGGUUGUCUUCAGGUGUUGCGCGGUUCUCACCUCGCCGGACGUGUAGAACACAAGCGGGUUGCCGGGGAAACCGGGGCGGACGAGGAGAGAGUCAACCAACUCAAAAAGGUGCUAGACCAUGAGCACGUAGAGUUGGGCCCAGGCGAUGCGGUACUUUUCCACUGUAACGUCCUUCACCGCAGCGACCAGAACAGGUCCGACCGCCGGCGGAGGGCGUACCUGGUUUCCUACAACAGGGCUUCCAACAACCCUGUCUUUGAACACUACAACGCCUCGUACGUGCCGUUAGAGAUCGUUGAAGACGAGGAGAUCAAGAGAUGCUCCAACCACACCGACUUCACGGGGAAGUCUUUCGUCGAUCCAGCCGACAAUAAAAACAUCUCCGGUACAAAAGCCGGGAAGCAUUAAAUAAACCAGUCCUCGCUAUGAAGUGGCCAGCGGUGCCUGGCAAAACCGUCACUAUCUCAGUGAUAUGAUGCAAUGAACUUGUGUUUAAGAUGGGAAGUUCUGCCAUUUUCGAGUGUAAGACUAUCUGAACAAUUCAGUAUCAGCUAAUUUAAGGGCGUCUUGUAUUUCUUAAAAAGUGAUAUGCUUAACUGACUGUCAUAUGCAUGUCGCCUUUCCAAAGCUGUUAAAGGCAGCCUUUUGUAAAGCUUUCGAUUACAUUGCAUUUUGUAAUUAUACUCGCAACUGAGAGGCUAGCCGUUCUGUAGGCAUUAAAAUGAAUUUGACGUCACUUUUCACCGUGAGAGUGACUUUUAAAAAGAGUUGAAAUAAAUGAAUAUGACUCAAAAGGUUGAUAUUAAUGAAUAUGUGCUCUCAGACAUGGAAUAGCAAGACAUUUGAAUAUAGAAGUUGACAGAACUGCUUCACAUUGAGUCAGCAUUGUUUCCUAAUAAAUGCAAUGUUAUUGCUUA